AUUAAACCUUCAACCCUGGUGUUGCCAGCACCAUAACCUGUUCUAACCCACUGGAACCAUCUCAGCAUUGGAACCACAGUGAUUGUAAUGCUAUAUACUCCUUCGAAGUGGUUUAGUGAAUGUCUGUGUUAUGGUCGGUUCUUACCGAGCAGUUAUGGUUAAUGUUCCUUACUGAAUGGUCUUCUGUGUCUCAUGCUCAGGCCUAACCGAGGAGCCGAGCAGUAAGUCCGACAGCAGCACUGUCAAACAGAGGAAGACGAGCAAGAAGACCACUGAGGAAGAGCCAAAGGCACGAGCACUGACCUCCACUUGCAGUGACAGGAUGGGCUCGAAGUCGGCCGACACGGACUCAGACGUCCAACGGCACUGCUCGUUCAGCUCGGAUGCGGAGCAAGAGAAAGCAGUGCUCCCAGAGGAGAGCCCGCCAUUGGCCAGCCCCUUCAAUCUCGCCACAUCCUUCGAUGAUGAUGUCCUGGACCUAAAGUGAUGACAAUCCCAUCAUGCACUUCUCCUCCUCAUCCCCCUCUCUUUUCUCCUCCUUCGGUCAUUUUGUUUUGGUUGGGUUUUUUGUUGGUUGAUUUCUCGUUUUUGUUUUGUUAUCUCCUUUGUCUGGGUCUUCAUCCUCAGACAUGGUGGGUAGGAGGAGUAAUAGUGUAAAGUGUGUGUGUGUGUGCGCGUGUUUCAUAAGCAGUCGGUCCCCGCAGUCAGUAUGUGUGUCUGUGUGUUGCACCGCAGCRAGUAACCCAAAGAAAACGAGGUCAUUUGAGGUGGUGUGGUUUGUUCAGAGUACAGAUGUCAUUAUACGGCGAAGGGUUUCUUCUAUAAACGAAAACUGAAUGUAAAUCUACGCACCGAGGCACGACAAAAAAUCGUUUCGAAACUGCACCCUCGCGAAGUGGCUACGGCUUACCUUUUAUUGUAUAAUCUGUGAUUAUUUCCAAUUACACUUUCAAAUGUAGUAUAAUAUAUGCAUAUUUAUGUGUACAUCUAUUUAUACAUUAAGAUGCAUACACAUUGACAGACAUGAAUACCUUUAUAGAUAUAUUAUAGUAGACAUUUUAUUCACAUAUUUAGUAAAUGUACAAUGUUUUAUGCUCUCCAUGUCUGUCAGUCUUGUUCUAUUUCCUUCCCAACUCUGUGUGCAGGUAUACAGGACUGGACUAGAGGCAGAGUUUCCCACAAGUGCCAUUUCCCCCACAUCCUCCACUAAACUACAACUCCCAUCAGCCACCAGUCACCUCUCUAAUUGUCUGGUGUCUGACAGUAGCAGUCAUCAUCAUGUAUCCCUCUGUAGAUAACAUCCCACAGUGAGCUAGGUUUAAUAAGCAUAUAGUCAAACACACCUCUAGGGCCUCUAAAAGCACCUACUGUCCUGUCUCUGGCUAUCACCUGAGAAUCCAUGGGUCUACGUCCUCACAGAAUGUACAGUCUCCUAUACACAGAUCGCAAUCUUCCCAGACAGUUAGUUUACUGUGGCCCAACACAGUUUAGUCAGGGGCCAUAUGGCCUGUUAGCGCAUCGCCUUUACAGUGGGCCUUUAAAGUCUGUCCACUGUUGGGCCGCUCGUGGCAUCGGCUGCCAACAGGACGCCCUCAGCUUAUGUGCUUUAUAGUGGUAUGCAGAUUCUUAGCCGCCAGUGGUUCACUUGUUAGUUGGGUUGGAGAAUUGAUCAAGUGGCCAACUACUUCCAUUUAGGAGUGAUGUAAUGAGGUAACGUAGUCAGCCAUAGGGUACAUCCCAAAUAGCACCCUAUUCCCUAUUUAGUGCACUGAUUUUAACCAAGACCCGUAGAGCUCUGAGUAAAAGUACAGUGCACUAUAUAGGGAAGAGGCCGCCAUCUGGGAUGCAGGCAGUGGAUGAGAGGCCAGACAGAUGGUAGGUACUGUAGCCUACCUCAAGAGUCCUUAUAGGAGCUAUUUGGUAGAAGGAAUUAUCUMUCUCCAGCUGUUCACUAGGAGCAAGGCAUAACUCACCAAGUGCAAUGGAACAUUACAUAAAACACAAGAGUUAUGACGCAUGUAGAGCGAGUCGGCUGAAACAGCACAGAGGAAGCCAUAACACUUAACCUCCUCUGGUACCAGAGAUAUAGUAACCAAGCCCAAUGAUUAGGGUGAUAUCAGCCUAUCAGUACACAGGUCAGCGGUCAGACAUCAAUCAACCAAUCAAAUGUAUUUAUAAAGCCCUUUUUACUUCAGCAGAUGUCAUAAAGUGCUAUACAGAAACC